UGCAAUUACGAACCCCAAAAACCCACUUUCACAAUCACCAAAUUGAAAUCUCACAACACUUACUAUUAUAUUAUAUCUAACAGUUCAUUUCUUGAUUCUCCGAUGGAGCGCAACGAGGAGGCGCCGUCGGCGGUGAAGUACAAGGGAGUGAGGAAGAGGAAAUGGGGGAAAUGGGUGUCGGAGAUACGCCUACCCAACAGCCGGGAGAGGAUAUGGUUGGGGUCUUACAACACGGCGGAGAAAGCCGCCAGGGCUUUCGACGUCGCCCAGUUUUGCCUGCGCGGCCCCACCGCGCAGCUCAACUUUCCCGACGACCCGCCCGACGUUCCCGGCUGGCAGACGUUCACCCCGCCGGAGAUUCAGGACGUCGCCGCCCAAUACGGCAGCGACUACUCCCGACCGCCACCUGCCAAUAUAAUUGCUGUCGGGCGGCAGGAACAAGGAAACCAUGAGGAAAUAACGCACGUGAUGGAUUUGGAUGACACGUCACCCUCCUCGACCUCCGAAGGUGCGGUACAAAUGGGAGAUAUUGAUUGGUCGUUUUUUGACGCACUGGAUGGGGCUCCUACUUGUAACGAGUUUGGUCUAUUCUCAGGUGAUGAUCUCUACGUGCCACCACAACCACAACCACAUCCUCCGCCCCCGCCGCCGCCGUCAACCACUGAUCACGACAAUGAAACCCAAUUUUCUCACCCAUCUUUCUUAUGGAACUUCUAGCUUCCUAUCCUAUAUAUACUACCUCACUCACCUCGCUACUAUCAACAAUAUAAUAUAAUGCCAAAUAACACAUACACACCAACAAA